AUGAAGAGUGACUUGUCCAAAGAUGAACCUCCAUACUUCAGUCCUGAACCUGGACCCUCAGACACAGGAUCCAGCUGUCUGUCUAUGAAGAGUGACUUGUCCAAAGAUGAACCUCCAUACUUCAGUCCUGAACCUGGACCCUCAGACACAGGAUCCAGCUGUCUGUCUAUGAAGAGUGACUUGUCCAAAGAUGAACCUCCAUACUUCAGUACUGAACCUGGACCCUCAGACACAGGAUCCAGCUGUCUGUCUAUGAAGAGUGACUUGUCCAAAGAUGAACCUCCAUACUUCAGUCCUGAACCUGGACCCUCAGACACAGGAUCCAGCUGUCUGUCUAUGAAGAGUGACUUGUCCAAAGAUGAACCUCCAUACUUCAGUCCUGAACCUGGACCCUCAGACACAAAAGAGAGGAAGAGGAGUCAUGUUUCUGUGGAGGAGCAGCCGUCCUGCUGUGCUUUGUGUCAGGACGUCCUGAAGGAUCCAGUCUCUACCAGCUGUGGACACUGGUUCUGCAGAUGGUGCAUCGCCUCAUACUGGGACCAGUCUGCUUCAUCAGGACACUCCUCCUGUCCCCAGUGUGGAGAAAGAUCCAGAACCAGAGCUGGACUGCAGACAGCCAGUCAGAGCAGCUCUGUACAAAUGGAUGGCAGUCUGCAGGAGGUUUUAGAUGAACAUAAGAUCAGUCUGAGGAGGAGAUGUGAACGUGUGACUGAAGGAAGUGAUGAAACAGGAAGUGGAACCCUCCUCAACAGGAUCUACACUGAGCUCUACAUCACAGAGGGACAGAGUGAAGAGGUUAAUACCCAGCAUGAGGUGAGGCAGCUUGAGACAGCUUCCAAGAAGAAGACCCUCCAUGACACUCCAAUCAGGUGCCAGGACAUCUUUAAAGCCUUACCCGGCCAACAGGGAGCCAUCAGAGUGGUUCUGACCAACGGCGUCGCUGGCGUUGGAAAAACCUUCUCGGUGCAGAAGUUCACUCUGGACUGGGCAGAGGGCUCGGAAAACCAAGACGUCGGUCUGCUGGUUCUGCUCUCGUUCAGGGAGCUGAACUUGAUCAAAGAUGAGCGGCACAGUCUCCUCACGCUGCUCCAUGUUUUCCAUCCAACAUUACAGAAGGUCCCAGCAGAGAAGCUCGCCGUCUGGAAACUGUUGUUCAUCUUUGACGGCCUGGAUGAAAGCAGACUUUCAUUGGAUUUCCACAACAGUGAGGUUGUGUCUGAUGUCACACAGAAGUCAUCAGUCAACCUGCUGCUGACAAACCUCAUCGAGGGGAAUCUGCUUCCUUCGGCUCUCGUCUGGAUAACUUCCAGACCUGCGGCGGCCAAUCAGAUCCCUCCUUCGUGUGUCGGCAGGGUAACAGAAGUACGAGGCUUCACUGACGCCCAGAAGGAGGAGUACUUCAGGAGGAGAGUCAGUGAUGAAGAGCUGUCCAGCAGAAUCAUCUCACACAUCAAGACCUCCAGGAGCCUCCACAUCAUGUGUCUAAUCCCAGUCUUCUGCUGGAUCACUGCUACAGUUCUGGAGCAUAUGUUGACUACAGAGCAGAGAGGAGAGCUGCCCAAGACCCUGACUGACCUGUACUCACACUUCCUGCUGGUUCAGAUAAAGAGGAAGAAGCAGAAGUACGAUGAGGGACAUGAGACGAGUCCACAGGAGCUGACGGAGGCUGACAGGGAGGUUCUUCUGAAGCUGGGGAGGCUGGCGUUUGAACAGCUGGAGAAAGGAAACAUCAUGUUCUACCAAGAAGACCUGGAGCAGUGUGGUCUUGAUGUCACAGAGGCCUCGGUGUACUCAGGAGUUUGUACAGAGAUCUUCAAAAGAGAGAGUGUGAUCUUCCAGAAAACAGUCUACUGCUUUGUUCAUCUGAGCGUUCAGGAGUUUCUGGCUGCAGUCUACAUACUUUGUGGCUGUGGACUCUCAGAGACUCACUGUGAAGUCGUGGCCUCAGCUCUGAAGUCCAACCCCUCCCAUCUGAGAGAGCUGGACCUGAGCUGGAACAACCUGCAGGAUUCAGGAAUGAAGCUGCUGUCUGCUGGACUGGAGAGUCCAAACUGUAGACUGGAGACUCUGAGAUUGAGGGACUGCAGGUUGUCAGAGAUCAGCUGUGCUUCUCUGGCCUCAGCUCUGAAGUCCAACCCCUCCCAUCUGAGAGAGCUGGACCUGAGUAACAACUACAAGCUGCAGGAUUCAGGAGUGAAGCUGCUGUGUGGUUUUCUGGAGAGUCCACACUGCAGACUGGAGACUCUGAGACUUUGUGACUGUGGACUCUCAGAGACUCACUGUGAAGUUGUAGCCUCAGCUCUGAAGUCCAACCCCUCCCAUCUGAGAGAGCUGGACCUGAGUGGAAACUACAACCUGGAGGAUUCAGGAGUGAAGCUGCUGUCUUCUGGACUGGAGAGUCCAAACUGUAGACUGGAGACUCUGAGAUUGAGUUUCUGCAGUUUGUCAGAGAUCAGCUGUGCUUCUCUGGCCUCAGCUCUGAAGUCCAACCCCUCCCAUCUGAGAGAGCUGGACCUGAGUAACAACUACAAGCUGCAGGAUUCAGGAGUGAAGCUGCUGUGUGGUUUUCUGGAGAGUCCACACUGCAGACUGGAGACUCUGAGAUUGAGGGGCUGCAGUUUAUCAAAGAUCAGCUGUGCUUCUCUGGCCUCAGCUCUGAAGUCCAACCCCUCCCAUCUGAGAGAGCUGGACCUGAGUAACAACGAGCUGCAGGAUUCAGGAGUGAAGCUGCUGUGUGGUUUUCUGGAGAGUCCACACUGCAGACUGGAGACUCUGAGAUUGAGGAGCUGCAGUUUGUCAGAGAUCAGCUGUGUUUCUCUGGCCUCAGCUCUGAAGUCCAACCCCUCCCAUCUGAGAGAGCUGGACCUUAGUAGCAACAUCCUGCAGAAUUCAGGAGUGAAGCUGCUGUGUGGUUUUCUGGAGAGUCCACACUGCAGACUGGAGACUCUGAGAUUGAGGUUCUGCAGUUUGUCAGAGAUCAGCUGUGCUUCUCUGGCCUCAGCUCUGAAAUCCAACCCCUCCCAUCUGAGAGAGCUGGACCUGAGAGGAAACGAGCUGCAGGAUUCAGGAGUGAAGCUGCUGUCUGAUCUGAAGGAGAGUCCACAAUGCAGACUGGAGACUCUGGGCCAGAUGGAGGGUUCAGACCUGCAGCUGUCAGACCAGGUCUCAGCGCUUUACAGCGAAAUCCAGCCGGGCGGGGACUCUAGUUUCAGCCGACCGCCCAGCAGCGCUAACGGGAAGUGUGAGGGGUGUUUCCAGCUGAUCUGCACAACAGAAGGACCAGAGUCUCACCCUCAGCAGCCCGACCUCCCUGCACCUUCUCCGGGCACCACAGCAGAGCGGACCGGCCGCCGGCAGGUCUGCACCCCCACAGGACGGACCUGA